ACUAUGCAGCAGGUUCGUGGGAUUUCUGGAAAAGCUCCUCAGAGCUCGAUGGAAGAAGAGGCUUCUCUUGGUUCUCCUGACUUGCGACCAGAUAAUUCAUGUUGGUGGUCUUCAGUGUGGGGUUGGUCAGACAGAGGUUAUACCACACGACAGCAUUCAACCAGUAUGCUGUAUGGACAUAACUUGUCUACCAGGGACCCAAGCCGAACCCUGCAAUGCAGGUGACCCAUCAUCUUCCAGCUGUAUCCCCUGUCCUGAAGGCCAAUAUCAGACCCGGCAAACUACCCUUAGUGACCGCUUAACUUGUUCUGUGAACUUGAAUUGUACGCAGAGCCACAGGGAAUAUGUCACUAGAGGAAGCUCUACCACUGAGUCAGUAUGCGGGACAUGCCUGGUGGGAUAUAAAGAAACUGCUAUCGGAACAUGCAUCAAAAACAUGUGCCCUAUUGGACAGGAACCUAAAGGAAAUGGUUGCCAGUGGUGUGGUACGGGUAAUUUUUCAGCUGAAGAAGAUAAUAAACCAUGCAAAAGAAGAACAAUCUGCAACUGCACAUUGAUGGAGGGCAAUGCAACCAUGGAUAACAGAUGCAGUCUAGAUGUUUCUCUCUGCAAUGAUGCUUAUGUCACUGCGGGUGCACCCACCGAAUUAUCUUCUGUGGAUAGGGAUUUGAUAGUGGCCCUAGUGGUUGUUGGGGUAACUGUUAUAGUUAUUGUAGGAGCUGCACUGCUUUUGGUGUUUUUGGUCAAAAAGGGAUAUGUCACAUGCCCCUGUGAGAUAAGAAGACCUAAGAUUAAUCCCAAUGACCAAAUAGACAUUGAAGAUGCCAGACAAUCAGAUGAUGUUGUAGAUGAUGUUGGGCCCACCUCAGAGAUUCCACGUGCGAACUCUUCAGACUCACUGGCCAGCAGUACUGACAGUGUCAAUGGCAAAGCGCCCAUCCCAGUGAGUGACCAGUCCCAAGGACCCCACCCCAGCAUGACCAGUGACCAAUCCAAGCAGGACGGGUACGAGUCCCAGCCAUCCUUAGCCAACAAUGAGAACCCGCACUCGCAGACUCUACACAAAGAUCUUACCAGCAUCAACAGUGCACGAGCCUCUACUUCGAGAACAGAGGAUGUUGGGCCAAUUGAAAGCAUGAGCCUGACCAUCAUUCAAUCCAGGCAGGAAAGCUAUGACUCCGAGGCCCAGCCAUUCUUUACCAAUGAUGAGGACCCGGACUCACAGACUGUACACAGAGAUCUUGCCAGCAUCAACAGUGCACCAAGCUCUACUACGAGAACAGAGGAUGUUCGGCCAAAUGGAAGCAUGAACAUGACCAUCAACCAAUCCAGGCAGGAAAGCUACGAGUCUGAGUCCCAGCCAUUCUCAGCCGACAAUAUGGACCUGAAUUCACAGACUCCACGAAAAGAUCUCGCCAGCAUCAACACUGCACCUGCCUCUACUGGGAGAAAAGAGGCUUUUCAACCAAAUGGAAGCAUACCGGUUAACGAGAAUGCCAGUUUUAACAGACAGCAUCCAGAGAAUGAUUUCAGUACCACCUGUGAAGGGGAACAGCCUUCCUCUACAAGAGUGGAGCUUGAACCAGUGAAUGCAUACACCAGUGUGCGCUUAGACAGCUUUAAAUGAAGAUCAAUAUUUAUGAUAAUCAAGAUAUAAGAUGCCCCUCCCACUCACCACCCCCUAUCCUCCUUUAGCUUCGGGAUGUCCUUUUUUAUCAUUAUUUGUAUUAAGAGUUUGUCUUAAAGGUAUGGUAUCCAUGUUCUGCAAUUUCCCAAAGGCAUAAUUUAGACGUCUGCAUAUCCUGUGGAGGAACAUACUUAUCGUUGCCAAUUCAUACUUAAAAAUGAUAAAAUCACUCAUUCACAUUACAAAUAAACUACCUGAUCUAAAUAAAUGGCCAGACAUAUAGAACAAAUUGUUUAAGCAUUUAAAAUGGUAUAAAAUAUUCAAUUGGAGGGAAGUGCAAUGAAUCAGGGCUAGGAGAAAAUUGCUUCUAUUUUGAGAAUUUAAUGUUGCAGAAUCUAGGGUAGGAUGCUUAUAAUUAAAGAUGAUAAAAUUGCUAAUAUAUCUGUGUUGGCCUAGGAAUUCCUCAGGAAAAAUGAUUAGGCCAGCGUAAUCCCUUUGAAUGUGAAUGAAGAUUAGCAAAUCAGGACUUUUUUUAUUUACACAUGAUUGUCAGGCAGUAUUAAUGGCCAGUUUUAAACAAGAAUGAAAGAAUGACAUUGAAUAUUCUGAGUCAGUUUGAGCUAAGACAGAUCAGUAUUGCUCCACAGAUACCACUCCACUGAAGCAAAUGGAUCUGUUUUAAGAAAGAAACAAAAUGUCAAAAUUACCAGAACAAAAAUCUACUUCAUUUUAGAUGAUAUAAUUAUCCUGUUUACUUUGAUUUAUCUUUAUUAUAUAGUGAGAAGUUUUUAUAACCUCGGUGUGAUGGUGAUGAAAAUAUUGUAUUACGUGUAAAGUGAAAGCAUUAUUUAAUGUGUAUGUCAGUGACAGAGCUUAGUUAUAUAAUUUUUAAACAGUGUGGCAGUGUAGUCUCAAACCUGGAUGACAACUAGAACUCAAUACCCAGACCCUAUCAUACUAAUUGUGCAUUGAUCUAUCUCCGAGGGAAUUAUUGCUAAAUUGCAAU